AACUGUUAAUCCGGCCGGGGCCCACCCGCAGCCUCACCGGGAAAAUAGCCGUUGCACACCGGGCGCGUGCACCCACCCUCUCUUAAGCCUUGCCCACUUUGGCACAGUGUUCGAAUCUCCCGACCGUUGGAGACUCCGCCGCCCCAACGUUCUUCUCCUCCCACUCUCCCAGCCGCCCGAUCCGACACCUUCUUCUUCCCCGCUCCCCAUCCCUUCCCAACUCAAGACCACCGCGUCGUCACACACACACAGAGGGAGAGAGAGAGAGAGAGAGAGAGUCGGAACCCUAGCGUGAUCCCUCGAGCCCUAGGUUUAGGAUUUCGCAUUGACCUAUGGCGUCGGACACGGUGGCGGCGGCGGCGGCGGUGGCGAUGGGGAUCGACGAGGCGUACGAGUUCUCUGCGCCCAGGUUCUUCGAUUUCAUCAACGAGGAGACGGAGGGGGCCGUCCGUGCCGCCGAGGGCUGGUUCGAGGCCGGCUGCAGCCACGCCCCAUCACCGUUCAACCCGAGGAUCAAGGAGUCGAGGGCGGAGGUCAAGGUCGCCGUCCUCUGCGACUUAGCCGACGCCGCCGAGGAGCCGGCGCCAGAGGAGGAAGCCGUGGAGGGGGUAGCAGGAGGCGUCGCCGACCACGCCGCGGAUGUUGAUGGGAGUGCUCAGGAGAAGAAAGACGCCUCGUUCGGAUUUGUCUCUGAAGCGAAUGCUGGGGUAACUUGUGCCGAUGCUGGGAGCCAGCAGCAGGAGGAAAGUGCGGCAUGUCAUGAAGCAAUGUCGGAAUCGCCGCCGGCUGAUGCAAUAUCGGAGUCGCGGCCCGCCGAAGACGAGAAAAAGGAAUCGCCCAAGUCUUUAGAGUUCCUCCCGUGCAGAGAUCCGGCUACAAAAUCAUCGUAUGGUGGUUCGACCAGCACGCCUAAGAUGCAGAGGCCUCCUCCUCCUAUCAAAGCUGCCCCUGCGAUUUCGACCUGUGCUAGAUCUAUAACGAGGAAUGAGGCGCGCACUCCGAAGACGCAGGCGAACGUGUCCAAAGUAGGUCCUAUGGUUGGCUCGAUGAGCGUCAAGAGGAGUGUCAUCAAGGGCGCUGGAAAGGCAGCUUCUGCUGCUACUGAAAUUGCACAGGAAAACCAGGCCGUGAAGAGGCAGAAGCUUGAUGAUGGAAGGACUCGACAGAUACUGGACGUCAAGACGAGGGUCCUACAGCACAAGGGAAGAGGUGGUUUAGCUGGAAGCACUGAGUUGACACAGUCUUCCAUGAGGAGGGCCCAUGGUGACGCGCACUCUGUGAAGGAAGUGACCUCAUAUGUUUCGGCUGCGGAAUUGGUUAAGAAAUUCGAGUCAGGGACUAGAGACUCUUACAACAGAUCACUUUCACAUGAGGAUGCAGCAGCGAGCAGGCCUAAGCUUAUGUUAACAAGGCCAAAGGAACCUGAGCUUCAGACCGCCAGCAGAGUCCGAGCAGUCAGAGUGAAGAGCUCUGCAGAGCUAGAGGAAGAGAUGUUGGCCAAGAUCCCCAAGUUCAGGGCACGGCCAUUUAACAAAAAGAUUGCUGAAGCUCCUGCAUUCCCUCCGCUUCCACGGAAAAGUCUACAGAUUCCCAAAUUCAAUGAGUUCCAUCUUAAAACAAUGGAGAGAGCAACUCGACACGCGGACACUUGCUCAGAAGCUUCUUCUGUGGUCACUAUCCGGAAUCAGAGUAAACCAUUGAAAUUGACAGAACCAAAACCACCACAGCUUCACACAGAAUUGCGAGCUCGGCCACCAAACGUGAAAAGUUCUCAAGAGCUGGAAUUGGAGGAACUGGAGAAGGCCCCCAAGUUCAAGGCCAAGCCACUGAACAAAAAGAUUCUUGAGAGCAAGGGAGAUGUUGGUGUGUUUGCUCAUCCAAAGCCUCAGGUGACAGCUCCCAAAGAGUUCCAUUUUUCAACCGAUGAUCGCCUGGGCCCUCCUUCAGUUACUGAUUUAUUUGACAAGCUUUCUAUUUACUCCGAAUCUUCUUCACACACCGACAGGAAGGGUGUGCCCAGACUCACAAUACCAAACCCUUUCAAUCUACAUACAGAGGAAAGAGGUCAUGAAAAAGAGAGGCAGCGAGCUGUACAGCUCUUACAGAAGCAGAUGGAGGAGGAAAAAGCCAGGGUUCACAAAGCUAACCCGUACCCAUACACCACUGACUAUCCAGUGGUGCCGCCAAAGCCUGAACCGAAGCCUUGUACGAGACCAGAAGGCUUUCAACUAGAGAGUUUGGUGAGGCAUGAACUAGAGCAGCAAAAGCUGAUGGAAGAACGGGAGAGAAUGGAGAGGGAAGAGGCCCAGAGGAGAAUCGUCAAAGCACAACCUAUACUGAAAGAGGAUCCUAUUCCUCUGCCAGAGAAGGAGCGGAAGCCUCUGACUGAAGUCCAGCAAUUUGCGUUGCACAUUGAUGAGAGGGCGGUUCAAAGAUCAGAAUUUGAUAACAUGGUAAAAGAGAAAGAGAAGACUUACAAAAGGCUGAGAGAGGAGAACGAAUUCGCCCAAAAGAUUGAGGAAGAGAAGGCGCUGAAGCAGCUGAGGAGGACCAUGGUGCCACAGGCGCGGCCUCUCCCAAAGUUCGACAGACCCUUCCGUCCACAGAAAUCAACGAAGCAAGUGACCAAGCCCAAGUCGCCUCAGCUUCAGGUGGAUGAGAGAGGGGCAAGAAGGCACGCUUUCAUCAGAUGAUCUCCAGCUCUACCCGUUGUAUCUGUACACUGAUUGUUCAUUUUUUUUCCUUCCUUGAACGGCAAGAUAGGAAAUGAUCUUACCGUUGAUUGCCGCAUUACUAUGAUUCUUUCUCUGACCAUAACUGUAAUCUCUUGUCAGUCAACACAGCUGACAAUUGUUUGUAGGGAGGGCCAAACAGGACCGGCGUAGCCGUUAUUGUGUGUAGAUUACUAGAUUGUGUGUGUUGUGUAUUAUGAUCUCGAUGAUGACGCUUAUCCUUUCGUUGAUACCUUGUGUUGCUUUUUGGUCUCAUUACUGCACGGUUCCACUGAAAUGCUUGUAUCUUGGAGUGGCAAACAAUUGUUUUAGCAUUUUCUGGCCUGUGGAAGAGAUACUAGUAGAAAUA